UCUGGGCGGGGCUUGUGGUGGCUGCGGCCGUUCGCGUCUGGUGAACGGCUUGUGGGAGUCCUGCCGCUUCGGGCCGGGGGGUAAAGUCUCUGAGAGGAACGUGUGUCUGUCCGGGGAGGAAAAUGAGUUUAGCUCUGAGAAGUGAGCUUGUAGUAGACAAAACAAAGAGAAAAAAAAGAAGAGAGCUCUCUGAGGAACAGAAACAAGAAAUUAAAGAUGCCUUUGAACUUUUUGAUACAGACAAAGAUGAUGCAAUAGAUUAUCAUGAACUAAAGGUGGCAAUGAGAGCCUUGGGGUUUGAUGUAAAAAAAGCUGAUGUACUGAAGAUUCUUAAAGAUUACGACAGAGAAGCCACUGGGAAAAUCACCUUUGAAGAUUUUAAUGAAGUUGUGACAGACUGGAUAUUGGAAAGAGAUCCACAUGAAGAAAUCCUGAAGGCAUUUAAACUAUUUGAUGAUGAUGAUUCAGGGAAAAUCAGCUUGAGGAAUUUGCGACGUGUUGCCAGAGAAUUGGGUGAAAACAUGAGUGAUGAAGAGCUGCGAGCUAUGAUAGAGGAAUUUGAUAAGGAUGGUGAUGGAGAAAUAAAUCAAGAGGAGUUCAUUGCUAUUAUGACUGGUGACAUUUAAAGAAUUACAAGGAUAAACACAUGAGAAUGUUGCAGUUACCAUCUUGUAUUCUAUUUCUGUGCCUGGAGCCACGUUCAAAAAAUCUGUUUUUCUUUUUCUUUUUUGCAGAAGGACCAAAAAAUAAGAAAUGUUAUGUAUUUCUGUUUUAUUACUGUUAAGUUUCUUUAUAGGAACAACAUUGUUAAUAUGCAGUAAUUUAGCUUUGUAUUUAUAAUAUAGCUUUUAUAUAAAGUUUUAAAGGAUCAAAUCAUGUGGUACACAUUCUUUGAAAUUUUUUUAUUUCAUAUUAGUAGUGACUUUAUUUUGGUGCACACAGUUU